GGUAAGCUGGCAACAUUAUCAUAUACAACCAGCUGUCAAAUUUCGUGCUGUCAAUUUCUUUAUUGUCUGUCUAUGGUCUCUUUUUAAUCCUGCUGUCAAGAUGGGUAUCGACAUCAAUCACAAACACGAUAGAAAAGUAAGGCGCACGGAAGUAAAGUCUCAAGAUGUAUACUUGAGAUUGCUUGUAAAACUUUACAGGUACUUGGCCAGGCGUACGAACUCUAAGUUCAACACGAUCGUUCUGCGCCGCUUGUUCAUGAGCCGCAUUAACCGGCCUCCAAUCUCACUGUCCCGCCUGGCUCGUCACAUGAAGAAGCCCACUCGCGAGGGUCUGAUCGCUGUUGUAGUCGGCACAGUCACCAAUGAUGUCAGGCUGUACACAGUCCCUAAAAUGACAGUGGCUGCUCUUCAUGUCACUGAAAAGGCUCGCGCCCGUAUCUUGGCUGCUGGAGGUGAGAUUCUGACAUUUGAUCAGUUGGCUCUCCGCGCGCCCACUGGCCGCAAGACAGUGUUGGUGCAGGGUCGCCGCAACGCCCGCGAGGCUGUGCGCCACUUCGGGCCGGCGCCGGGAGCCCCGCGCUCGCACACGAAGCCCUACGUGCGCACAAAGGGACACGAACGUGCGCGGCCACGUCGUCGCUCCAACGUUUAAUCUUUAAAUAUAAGGAGUAACUAUCUA